AUGACUCUCCCGCUGAAAGAGCGACGACGCCAGCUGUAUUUUGCUAACGCCAUCUACCCAUAUACGUUCGAGAAAUCUCUUUACGACCUCAUCCGAGGUCUGCGCAACCACAAGGGCAAUGAGAAGGAAUACAUCCAGAAAACCCUCAAGGAGUGCCGCGCGGAGGUUCGCAGCCAGGACAUGGACCUCAAGGCCACGGCUCUCCUCAAGCUCAUAUACCUGGAAAUGUUUGGCCACGACAUGUCAUGGGCCUCGUUUCAUGUCCUCGAGGUCAUGUCCUCGCCCAAGUAUCACCAGAAGAGGGUGGGAUACCUGGGCGCUGUGCAGAGCUUUCGGCAGGAUACUGAAGUUCUCAUGCUGGCGACCAAUCUUCUGAAAAAGGACUUGGCUGCCACCACGCCAACAAUCAUAUCUCUUCCGAUUGCAACGCUUCCUCACGUCAUUACUCCCUCUCUAGCGCUCUCAACUCUCGCCGACUUACUACCACGCCUGAACCAUAGCCAUUCCAACAUACGCAAGAAGACGCUGGUCACAUUAUACCGACUCGCUCUUGUAUACCCCGAAGCUCUGCGUGCCGCUUGGCCAAAGAUCAAAGAUCGCUUGAUGGACCCCGAUGAAGAUCCAAGUGUGACGGCUGCUAUCGUAAACGUCGUUUGUGAGCUCGGUUGGCGGCGACCUCAGGAUUUCCUCCCUCUGGCACCACGGCUUUUCGAGCUGUUGGUGGAUGGAGGCAAUAACUGGAUGGCUAUCAAACUCAUCAAGCUGUUUGCAACUUUAACACCUCUUGAGCCUCGUCUUGUCCGAAAAUUACUACCUCCUCUUACAAACAUAAUUCGAACUACUCCCGCAAUGUCGUUAUUAUACGAGUGCAUAAACGGUAUCAUCCAAGGAGGCAUCUUGGACAACACAGAUGAUGUCGCGGGAGCAGAUGAAAUUGCAACAUUGUGUGUCAAUAAGCUGCGAGGAAUGAUUAUGGUGAAUGGCGACGCUAACUUAAAAUAUGUUGCCCUCCUGGCUUUCAACAAGAUUGUUCUUACACACCCGCAUCUGGUCUCUCAGCAAGAAGAUGUCAUCUUGGAGUGCAUUGAUAGUUCAGACAUCACGAUCCGUGUUCAGGCUCUUAAUCUUGUAAAGGGCAUGGUUACCAGCGACAACCUGGUCCUUGUUGUGAGCCGCUUGAUGAAGCAGCUCAAGUCAUCGUCACCAUCUAAGAAUCGGCGCCUCCCAGGAAGCUCAGACCUCACGCCAGAGACCGAAUCAGAUGAUGAAUCACAGACCGCAAUCAUAACACCAACUGUCCAAGAAUCUCAAACUGUCCUUCUUCCUGACGACUACCGGAUAGACAUCAUCGAAAGGAUUCUCUUCAUGUGCUCCAAAGACAAUUAUUCGAGCGUAUUGGAUUUUGAUUGGUAUAUCGACGUCUUAACGCAGCUUGUUCGUAUGGCGCCUGUACCUCGAACAUUUGACGCGAACACAGGAGCGGCACUGCCGAUCCGGCAACAAGUCGACGUUUCUGAAAAGAUAGGAGACGCGCUGCGCAAUGUUGCCGUCAAAGUAAGAGCAAUGAGGGCCACUGCUGUCAGAGCGGCCGAUAUCAUUCUCGAUCAGCUGCUUUCUGACAAUCCGGCUGGACAUCCGCUUACUUCAGGGGCUUUAAAGUCGGCUAUAUGGAUAAUCGGUGAGUACUCUGUUCAGCUGGCCAUACCAGACGACAGUCUCAACGGACUUCUACAAGCCAUUCCGAGAAUUGGGAAGCCAGAGAUAUCAGCGGUUGCCCUCCAUGCUACAGCUAAAGUAUUCUCAUCCAUCGCGGGCAGUGAACACGAGCCUUGGACCUCAGAAAGAAAAUCAAGGAUAUCACUUCUCCUGGCCCGCAUAUUAGACGUAUUAGAACCGCUUGCUCUUCAUCCAAAUUUGGAAGUACAAGAACGAGCGGUCGAAUACAUAGAACUACUCAAGCUGACCGCAGAAGCUGCUUCAGGGCAGCCCGCAUCUACGGAUGAAAACGACCAGGAGCCACCUUUACUUCUAACCCAAGCCAUUCCGUCUUUGUUUAAUGGCUGGGAGCUCAACUCUGUUGCGAUUAACGCACAGAAAAACGUGCCCCUUCUCGAGGGCUUAGAUCUAGAUGAGCCAAUACAUGGCGACCUAAACCGACUUUUGUUCCAGACUGACAUCAUUACACUCCAGUCUGAUGAGGCUGAUGAUUUUGAGGUCUACUAUCAUCAGCGACCACCGCCUUCGAGCAUAUCAUCUUCAGCGCCAGCCAUUAGCAGGCUAGCUGAUCCAGACGAUGAUACGGCAAGUUCUUACCAACAACUUAGUGAAGAGAGCUACUUAGACGCCGACAUUCUCGCAAAAAGGAAAGCAGAUAGGAUGGAAAAGAAUAAGGACGACCCCUUUUAUAUCCCAAGCGAUAACAUCCUCAGGACAUCAACGCCCAUCCAUAACAUUCUUCAGAACAACAAUGGGCCCGAUUUGGAUAUUGAUUCGAUCCCUGUCAUGCAGCUAGAUCUUGACAAAAUGGGCGGUAGUUCUCUCGCUGCACCAUCUCGACCGCAGCCACGGCCACGGCAGAGAGUACUCGUGGCUGCAGAUGAAACAAUAGAGGGGGGCGACAGUGGCACAGGGCGACAGAAUGACUUGGAAAAUGGUUCCAACAAUCUCUCCAAGGCAAAAGCCAAGAAAUCAAAGCAGCAGUCCCUCUUACAGGUUGAUUCCAGCACUAUUGGAUCCUUCAGCCUAGAAGAAGGCGAUGGCUCCAAAGGGUUUGACUAUGAGAGGCAGCAGCGGGAAGAGGCAGAGAUGCAGCAGGCUGUGAAGGAGGUGGAACGUCUACGGCUGGAAAUGCAGCGCGCUAAUGAAAGGAUCCAGAUGGCUCAGGGGGCGGACGUGCAAGGCGUAGUCAUAAAGAAGAAGAAGAAGAAGGCUGUGUCGAAGAAGACGGCAGAAGGAGAGGAUGGCGAAGUUGCAACGAAGGUCAAACCCAAGAAGAAGAAGAAGGCAGUGGCACAGACGGUAGAAGGUGGUGAGCCUAGUGACACAGCUGCAGAUACGCUGGACGGCGCUCCGGUGAAGGUUGCUCCGAAGAAGAAGAAAAGGAAGGCUCCAGUCGUCGUCGAGGCCGAAGCUACAGGCUAA